ACCAAAUGCGCCUAACCCUUUAUGAAUAGCCCGACUCGAUACCCGGCCGACCCGUUAGGGUUACUCCCCGUUUUCAGUUGCCGAAAGAGAAAGAGCAGACAGACUUCUUCUUCUUCCCCAUUUUCAUCCGGAGAUCUCUGAAUAAGCGGCUGCCAAUUUCAUGUAAAAAACUGAAUGUUAGAUUCAUUUCAUCACUUUUUACACAACUGUUGUCGGACAGGGAAUCUUAGGAUUCUUAACGUAUUUCACGCUCGUCUGAUAAGGGCUGGUGUCCUCUUUCUAUCCCCUAAACUACGCAGUCAACUGAUCUCAACAUACGUUACAUGCCUAGGGGAAAAUUAUCUCAAAAACUUUACCGCCUUCUUCUGCUGUAUAGAUUCAACAGACCCUUUACCAUUUAAUACAAUCCUAUCUGAUUUUCGUCAGAAAUCUUUCCCCUUUCUUGCUCUUCGAACUUUUUCCUUCAUGCAUGCUAAUGGCAUUCCGAUAGACACGUACGCAUUGUGUGGUUCAAUUACAUCUUGUACUGAUGUUAAAGCUGUCGAGACAGGGGGGCAAUUGCAUUCCUAUGUGAUUCAAUCUGGAUGGAAGUCUAGCGUCUUUGUGGGGAGCGCUCUCAUUGAUUUUUAUGCUAAAAACCUCCUCAUUGAUGAUGCGGGCCUACUGUUCGACGAAAUGCCUGUGAGAAAUACAGUCUGCGCGAAUGCUCUGUUGGGAGGAUACGCUGAGGGGAAGCAAUGGGGGAAGGUUCUUGAGCUCGUACAGAGAAUGCCAUUGUUAGAAUUAGACUACGAUAAUUUCACGCUAUCAGCUGCAUUACGGGCAAGUGCUGGAUUGUGUGCUGUUGAAACGGGUAGACAAAUACAUGCAAAGGAAAUUCGUUUGAUUGUUCAGGUUUCAGGACUGGAUGUUUUCUUGCAGAGUUCGCUAAUUGAAAUGUACGGUAAAUGUGGAAUUGUGGAGAAAGCUAGACAAGUUUUCGAUGGUUCUAGUAAGAAAGAUGUUGUGUUGUGGACGUCGAUGAUAGGAAUGUAUGGAAGAAAUGGCGAUUUUGAAAAAGUGAUAAGACUCUUCAAUAGAAUGCUCGCAGAAGGAAUUGAACCAGACGGAGUGGCUAUUGUAGCUGUAAUGGCAGCCUGUGCCCACACUGGCCAAGUAAACCUUGGGAUUAAAUACUUCGAAUCGAUAAGAAGGGAUUUCAGGUUGGAACCGAGCCAAGAACACUACAAUUGCUUGGUGGAUUUGUUUAGUCGUGCCGGUCAGUUGGAGGAGAUGAUGUUGUCGGAAUUAGGGAAUGGAAUAUGCACAGUUUCAAUGUGGGGUUCGUUGCUUAGUAGGUGUAAUGAGUUGGGUAAUUUGAAAUUGGGAAAAUUGGCUGCUGAGAAGGCACUUGAAUUGGAUCCCAAGAAUGUUGGGAUUUAUGUUUUGUUGUCGAAUUUGUAUGCUAAGAAGGGGAUGUGGUUAGAGAUAGAGCGGCUUCGGGUGGUGAUGAAAGAAAGAGGGCUAAGUAAAGAUGUGGGAACUAGUUGGAUUAGAUAACAACUUUUAUUUAUUCAAAUAAUCGAACCAAUUUUAAUAUUGUUAAGCAAUAAAAGAUGCUGUUAAUAAUAACACUUUGAGU